GGAAGGAAAAAAGCUUUAAAACUCCUUUUAAUUGCUUGAACAAAAAGCAAAAACAAGGAAUUCUCUCUGUGUCUCAGUUUUUUUUUUCUGCAGAUUAAAGAAAACCCUAAACCGACAUUUCUCCUCUGUUUCCCAGCUUUUUUAUCUUUGGAGUUUGGUUUCUGGAGAAGACAAAAGUCUCUGUCUUUUUAAGAGCUCGAGAUCCAUACCAUAUAGUAUAAGUGGAGAAGUCUUCUCGAGUUUCAUAAAAGUUGGGCCUGGUUUUCGGUUUGGAUUCUCAAUUUUUUUGGUGACGAUGGAUUUGGAUGUUAAGCAGAUAUUGAAGAGUCUCUGUUUCAGCCAUGGAUGGUCUUAUGCUGUCUUUUGGGGAUAUGAUCCCAUUAAUCCCAUGUUAUUGAGAUUUAAAGAAGCGCAUAAAUAUGAUGAAGCAUCAGCGGCACUCGCUGAUGAUAUGAUUCUCCAGGCUCAUGAUCAUAUCUUAGGCCAAGGAAUCGUGGGAGAAGCUGCCUUAACCGGAAACUAUCGAUGGCUGUUCUCAGACACACUGUUUCAGUGUGAACAAGAGUUUCAGAAUCAGUUUCUCUCUGGCUUUAAGACAAUCGCAAUCAUUCCAGUAGGAUCAAGCGGCGUUGUUCAGUUAGGCUCUACUCAAAAGAUUGUUGAGAGCCCAGAGAUGUUGGAACAAACAACAAGAGCUCUGCUGGAUUGUUGUUUGAAACAACAAGAUCAAUCGGAUAGUUUGUUCGAGUCCCUAUUACCACUGGGAGACUGCAGUGAGAUCAUGAAUGUCCCUGAAUCUUUUCAAGGACUCAGCUUUGAUGUUGACUUCUUCACCGACGAUAAUCCUCCUUCUUUGCUCAUCUCUGAUAAAACCUCCGAACCUCCUCAUCUAAGCAACUAUGGAGAUGAUUUUGGGUUCGACAUUCUCAGCUCUUACUCUCUGGACGAUCUGUACGAGCUGCUCGCUGAUUCCCCACAACAGAAUUGCUCAUCAGGUGAUCAUCAGGAGACUUCCAUGGUGAUCCAAGGAAAUAAUGAUGACGACAAGGAUCUUUUCGACAUAUUUGAGAUGAUCAACUCUGAUGAUUCUCCCUCGGUUACUAGCCAUCAAGGAACGCCUUUGGACUUGCGGCCUAAAGGACUCUUCUCUGAGAUCAUAAGCAGCAGCCUUAGCAACAGCACUUGCAGCUCUCUCAUAAACUAUGCGCAAGAAUCUUAUUCUUGUCUGAAUCAUCAGAGCAAAAGACGGAAACUUGAAUCAUCAUCAUCAUCAGCGCAUAGCUCAAGCUUCUUUCCGCAGAUGAUGUCUCAUGCGGAGACAGUAACACCUCCUCCUCCUCUUAACCUCCAUGAUCCGCAGAGGAGCCUGUGGAUUGAUGAAGACAGGUCAAGCGUCGCAGGGAAUUGGAAGAAGCAGCCUCACGAAGAAGGUGUGAAGAAGAAAAGAGCAAAGGCAGGAGAAAGCAGGAGGCCGAGGCCUAAGGACCGUCAGAUGAUACAAGACCGUAUCAAGGAGUUACGAGGGAUGAUUCCAAAUGGAGCAAAGUGUAGCAUUGAUACGCUGCUUGAUCUCACGAUAAGACACAUGCUGUUCAUGCAAAGCAUCGCCAAGUACGCUGACAAACUCAAACAACCAUACGAGCCUAAGCUGGUGAAGGAGAAUGAGAGAACAUGGGCGUUGGAAGUUGGGGAAGAUGAGUCGGUCGUAUGUCCAAUCAUCGUGGAGGAUUUGAAGCCACAAGGCCAAAUGCAGAUAGAGAUGGUGUGCGAGGAAACUGGUGAGAGGUUUCUAGAGAUUGCAGAUGUAGUGAGAAAUUUGGGACUGAACAUAUUGAAAGGAGUUAUGGAAACAAGACAGGGACAAAUAUGGGCACACUUCAUCGUCGAGGCGAAGCCACAUGUCACAAGGCUUCAACUCUUAUGCUCUCUUGUUCACCUCUUCCAACAACACUCUUCUUCCCAACCCCACCAAACAUGACUUAUAGGACUCACUUACUUUCUUGAUUUUAGAUCUGAUUCUUUCUUCUUUUCUCUUUGAUUGGUUUAUCAAAAAAAAAAAAAAAAGAUCUGUUGAUAGUUUAGUUCCAUCCCAACGAAUUUGUAGUAGAAACAUCACAUAAAAGAUUUUGGCUUUAAACAUUGAGUGUGUCUGUGUGUGUUUGUUUGGAUGAAAGAAAACGGCUUAUAAGACA